ACAGUCACGUUGGCGUGGAAACGGGAAAGAGUUAGCGCUUUUCCGUACGUAGCUCGAUAGAGCCACAAUGAAUGUCUCAGGAUCCUUGCAUGUUUUCCCGAACUACAGUGCCCUGCUUUAGGUAAGAGUCUGGGAGUAGCGGGUUUUAUGGAACACCCUCUCGGCAUUUUCUCCUGGGGUACCCGGCUCCGCAACUGCGUUUGUGCGUGAGUCACGGCUGCUGGGGCAACGACAGCUCGUGGAUCAAGAGGCAGUGCCAAGUGAUCCUCGGAAGCCGCUACCGUUACAAUUUACGUAUGGGUGUAUCUGUGCUCCUAGACUCCUUUCAAGAGAUAAUGUAAGGAUGUAGGAAAUAUUGAUAAAGCAUCCUCGCACGCCCACUCGACUGUUCUGGUACCGUGGCUGGAUGAGAACUGUCAGAAUAUCCUCCCCACUACAAAUAUCUGUUGUGAAAGCCGAGUCAGGCAGCGUGGCAUGCCCAGAUCCUGAAGCGAAGGACACAAGCGAAUCAUGUGCCUGGGCUACCAAGAGAGCGAUUGUCGUUUCUCGGCGACAGCGACGACGCUCAGUGCUAUUCCGUAUCGUUCGCAACGAUGAAUCCAAAACUGCAGCAGGAGAAAGAUGGUGCGCAGUCAAGUAUGGUGGUACGGAGCGGGGCAGCUGGUCCUAAAAGGGUGAGAUGUUCGGGUAAGGUGGGGGACAGGGUCAUUCGUCGAAACACCGUCGGCGGUCAGAGAAGGAACGGGAGCCCUUCGCAAAAGGAAAACGAUAAGCUGUAUGCCUUCUCUCGUCGCCUUACGAAACUGUUGCGGCAUCAGGCAUUGCAAAGGGGCCUGGCAAUAUCGCCAGAUGGUUUCGUUGCUACUCGCGACAUACUAAGAUUGCCAGAGAAUUCAAGGCAGGACGUGAUUACGGAAGAAGAUAUCAUCACAGUGGUACAGACUGAUGCAAAGCAACGAUUCUCUCUUUGCUGGCGAGCGCCUGACGAGGCAGGGGGGAACGAACAUUAUGAAGAGGUACAGUUUAUCUCAGCGCGCACGGCAGUGUCACUGCCACAGAAAGACGCAGGCGAUGGUUCAGAGGGCAAAUGCAGGGGAAAACACCCACACGAAAACAAGUUAGAAUCUCCUGACAGUAUUGCAAAACUAGACCGGAUUACAACGGACGCCGGUCCCUCAACGCGGACAUCACCUCGUGGCAAAAACUGUAGCCGAUACCCCGACUCACUCUGCCCUCCUCGGAAUAACGGGGCUGUCUUGUGUAUCAGGGCGAACCAGGGACAUUCCAUGGCUUGCAUUGACAGUGAGAAACUGCUGCGUCCAGUUCGAAGUGUGUCUGACCUGCCGACUUGUUGUCUUAGUACAGAAGUAACUGGGUGUGAUUCAGAAGAACUUGUUGCAACUGUUGUCCAUGGAACGUAUUGGAAUCGCUGGAAGCGGAUAGAAACUGAAGGCCUCUCGCGUAUGUCGAGAAAUCAUAUUCACUUUGCAAGUGGAUUUUCGACCGAGACGAAAGGAGUCAUCUCUGGAAUGCGGGCAACAGCAGACGUGCUUAUUUUCUUAGAUGUAAAAAAGGCACUUGACGAGGGUCUCAGGAUGUUUGUCUCUUCGAACGACGUCGUCUUGUCGCCUGGGAAUGAACGUGGUAUUAUCGAGACACGCUUUUUUUCAAAAGUUGUCGACAGAAAAACGGGAAUGAUUCUUUUUCGUGGAGGUGACGGUCGUGGCAGUGCUUAA